AAGAACCUUGGAGUCACCCUGGACCCCUGCCUCUCUUAUUCCCAGCACAUCUCCACUCUGGCACGCACUUGCAGAUUCUUCCUGAGCAACAUCCGAAGAAUCCGACCCUUCCUCACCAACUAUGCUACCCAGCUCCUGGUCCAGGCCCUGGUACUCUCCCGCCUAGACUACUGCAACUCCCUCCUGGCUGGCCUCCCUGCGUCCGCCACCCGUCCGCUCCAGCUCAUCCAGAACUCUGCUGCUCGCCUGGUGUUCUCUCUACCUCGCUUCGCCCACGCUACUCCACUACUCCGCUCGCUCCACUGGCUCCCGAUCACCGCUCGCAUCCAGUUCAAGACUCUUGUACUAGCCUACAGAUGCCUUGAUCAGACUGCACCCAGCUACCUCCAGACCCUCAUCUCUCCCUACACCCCCACUCAACCUCUCCGCUCCGCCUGCACUAGAAGACUGGCUCUACCUCCGCUACGCUCCCCUGCCUCCCGAGCCCGCUCCUUCUCCACCCUUGCUCCGCAGUGGUGGAACGACCUUCCUACAGAUGUCAGGACUGCCCAGUCCCUGACCACAUUCCGGCGCCUCCUUAAGACUCACCUCUUCAAACAGCACCUGUAGAACUCCUCUGUUGUAUCCUGGGACACUAUCACCCUUCAUUUAAAUAUGCUUUAUUUUGCUCUUAUCUGCCCCCUAUUUUACUGCAUUUAAUCCUGUACCUCAGAAUAUUGUAAUCUGCCAAGUGUUUAAUCUGUAGUAUUUUGUACUUAAUCAUAUCCUGAUGUAACUAUCACUACUUAAUCAUAUCCUGAUGUAACUUUCACUAUUAUCUGCUGUAUUAUUGAAUUGUGGUUUGUCACACUUGAGAAUUAUUGUAUUUCUUGUUCUUCUUGUAUGACUUAUAUUGUAACACUUGAAUGUAUUUGUAUUUGCUUGCGAUUGUAAGUCGCCCUGGA